UGGUGAUGCAUUCUAAAGCCUCAUCAUUCAUAUCAAACGAGAAGAGAGGGAUAUCUCAUUCUGUUAUCUGAAGUUGUUUUUCACUAUUUUAUUGUAAUUUGGUUGAGAAGGAGCCAGUCAGUCUUGAUUUGUCGCUUCUCGCAGUCAAUUACGAUGCUGGCUCGAAACGUUUUGUGGUAUGUUACCUUUGCCGGAUUCGCAAUCAACUACAUGCAUCGAAUCCACAUAAAUAUAGUUCUAGUUGGAAUGGUCAAGACAAUACGAGGCUCUAAUACUUCCGCAAUGGCAGUCAGUGAAUGCAUGAGAGAAAACCAUUAUCAGAAUUUACUCAACAGCAAUUCCACCACAAAACGGCAUGUCAACGAAGAUGGAUUCGAAUGGGACGAGCAGGAGCAGAACCAAGUUCUGGGCUCUUUCUACUGGCUGCAUUGGUUGACACAAAUCCCGGGAGGCAUGCUGGCUCGGCGCUUCGGAACCAAGAAGAUAUUCGGGCUGGCCAACUUCAGCGGCAGCCUGCUCACAUUCGCAUUCCCCUACAUCGCCUACUUCGACUUCAGGCUGCUUAUCUUUGUACGAGUCCUGCAGGGAUUCAUCAUGGGAGCAGUCUGGCCUUCAAUGCAUCAUUUGACGGCCCACUGGAUUCCUCCUGAUGAAAGAAGCAAAUUCGUUUCAUCUUACCUAGGAAGCUCGUUUGGGGUAGCACUGACCUACCCGCUAUGUGGCUACCUAAUGGACAUGUAUGGAUGGACUUCAGCUUUCCAUGUGACCGGCGCAAUAGCCACCGUUUGGUUUAUAUGCUGGUGGAUACUCGUAUAUGACAGUCCGGCUCAACAUCCUUGGAUAACCGAGACUGAACGCAAAUACAUUGAAAGUAGCCUGGAUCACUCCCAAAAUAAUCGAAAGAUGUCAGUACCUUGGAAAGAUAUUCUGACAUCGCGACCGCUUUGGAUGGUUGGAUUCUCACAGAUUGGAGGAAUAUGGGGGUUUUAUACAUUAAUGACUCAGGCCCCAACCUACUUCAAAAAUAUUCUCGGCAUGAAUAUUCGCACGACAGGAGUAUUAUCAGGUCUGCCUCAUCUAUCAAGAUGGCUGAUGUCUCUUAGCUCGGCUUUUGUUGCUGAUUACCUGCUCAGAAAUAAUAAGAUGAGCAGGACCAACGUGAGAAAACUGGCCACUUCAGUUUGUACAAUAUUUCAAGGAGUUCUGAUUCUUGGCUUAGCAUUUACUGGUUGCAACUCUCUGCUGGCCGUGAUUCUAGUCGUAGCAGCCACUGGAGCAAAUGGAACUGUUUCCAGCGGCCCUCUGGCCUGCAUUGUCGAUCUCAGUCCCAAUUUUGCAAGUAUUUGCUUGGGUAUAGUCGGACUUAUGGCUAAUUUACCAGGAUUUCUAUCGCCACUGGUUGUUGGAUACCUCACCUAUCAAAAUCAAACUGCUUUGCAGUGGCAGAAAGUGUUUUUUGUAACUUCAGGGAUUUUGUUCUUUUUUGGGACAUUAUACAUGAUCUAUGGAGAAGCGAACGUUCAACCCUGGAACAACAAGUUAACAGAACAGCCACGUGCAAGCGAACUGGACCAACUUGAGAAAUUGAACAGCAAAGAAAGUGAAAAAAACUCAAAAGAAAUGACUGUGAUAAAGAAUAACAACAAUUAAGAAACCUGAAUGUAAAAUAAGAACAAAUCUGUAAAAUACUGAA